AUGAAUAAUGAUGUGGUGGGUAUGUGGGAAGUGUCUCUGAGUGAUGGGAUUUACCAAAUUGAAUUUGAACAUGGAACCACAACGGGAAAGCGUGUCAUUUAUAUCAAUAAAAAGGAGGUCCUCAGAAGAGACUGGAUGUUUAAACUGGUUGGCAAAGAGACAUUUCCGGUUGGAUGUACAGGAACUAAAGCUACUAUAAAUAUUGAAGCACUUACUGGCCUUUCCUAUGAGUAUACUCUGGAAAUCAAUGGAAAAAGCUUUCAAACAUUUAUGGACAACUGGGCCAAAACAACCAAGACUUGGCUGCUGAAACUAGAUGGUGCUGACUGCAGAAUAGUGCUGGAAAAAGAUACCAUGGAUGUCUGGUGUAAUGGCCAAAAGAUGGAAAUCACGGGCGAGUUUGCAGAUGAAGGCACUGAGACUCACUUUGUUGUAUGGAAUCAUGAGUGUUGCAUAAAAGCUACUAGCAGUGGAAAGAAAAGAAAUGGAGUAGUCCACUCUCUGCUAAUAGAUGGGACAAAAGUUACUGAUGCCAUUAAAUGA